AUGGUUUCCAGAUUUGUAGAGCUGCAGGACGCGGUAAAAACUACUAUCGCUUUAAUAAAUAAAAAUUUACCUGUUUUGUCAGAGGAAGAGUGGGGAUUAUGCAAAGAGCUAAGCACAAUCUUACGUCCUUUUGAGGAGGUCACUUCACAGAUUAGUGGGGAACGCUACGUGACAGGUAGCCAAGUGAUACCCCUAACAAGAGGCCUGAUGUCCGUGUGUAAAAAAAUGCAAAAGGAGCCAUUCAAACCAGUUAUUCAAAAUAUUAUUAAUGAACUGCUGCAUGGUCUCGAGAAACGCAUGGAAAAUGUUGAACACAGCAAAACAAUAGCACUUGCUACUCUUUUAGAUCCCAGAUUCAAACUUGCUGUCUUCAAAGACGAAACUGCAAAGCAAUUGAUCAAAAAAACAUGUACAGAACUUUUAGCUGCAAUCUGGACAGAGACACAUGGCAAACCUUGCACAGCAGAUGAUGAAGAAAUUGGUAACACUCAAAACAAAGAUGGCAACGUAGAUUCCGCAAAAUUUUCCGUCUGGGAGGACGUUGACAACAUAAUUGCCAAGGAGAAACCUACAGGUACGAAGACCUCCGCUGCAAUUGUCGAGUUGAACCGGUACUUAGAUGACAGCUAUCUAGGACGGAAAAAAGAUCCUAUGGGCUGGUGGAAAGAGAAUCAACAUGUAUACCCUAUUAUGAGCAAAUUGGUGAAAUUAAAAUUUAACGUCAUGGCUACAUCCGUCCCAUGUGAACGACUUUUUUCUAAAGCAGGAAAUUUUUUGACAGAACGCCGAUCAAGACUGAGUUCAAAACGAGCAGAGCAGUUGCUGUUUUUGAAUGGAAAUCUAAAUCUUCUACAGUAAAUAGAAAUCAAAAAAUUUAAGUUAUAUAUAAGUUCUGCAAGUUAAAUAUAUGAAAUUAUGUAAUUCAUUUUCUUGCAAUUAAUCUUAUAUGAAGCCAUAGUGUACAGUUUGGUUAUAUUGCCCAUUUUAUUUUCUAAAUAUGCUUAAUUGUGUCUUUGAAUCUCCAUACAUUCGUGUAUCUUCAUUUAAUCUAAAGUACAAUAUUUG